AUGUUUGGACCAAUGAUGUCCUUGAUUCUGCUUCUGAAUCAGUUUCAACUCAUCGCAGCUUCACAUCCUCAGUUUUAUCCGUGUGAAAGUCACUCCACUAAAGAUGGACACAUAAAUGUGGACUGCCAGCACAGACGUCUCUCUAAAGUCCCCAGGUUCACUUCUCCCUCAGUUAUAUCGCUCAACCUAAAUAACAACCAUAUACACCACAUUAAAGGUGAUGCGUUUUCUGGUUUACCCAAUCUCAAGUAUCUCAGUCUCAUGUGGAACUGUAUAUCUGACCGUCUUAAAGAGGCAAGAUGGCCAUUAUGCAGCGUGAAUAUCGACCCGGAUGCGUUUGUCAGACUGAAAAACCUUACUUCCCUCCAGUUAGCUGGGAACAGCUUGAAGACGAUUCCUCCUCUACCAAAGCAGCUUGUAGUCCUGGGACUGGAAUUCAACAAUAUUUUUCAGAUCAUCAAACCUUUAGGGACACCACAACUAAAGCAACUGCUGCUGAGCAAGAAUUGUUUCUACGCAAACCCAUGCCACCAGCCUUACUUUAUCAACUCAAGUGUGUUUCAGGAUCUUCCUGAGCUUUUGAACCUUACUCUUAGUUACAACAACUUGACUACUAUUCCCUCAUAUCUUCCAGGUUCACUAGAAAGUCUAGACUUGCGAGAGAAUACAAUUGAUCAGAUCAAUAAAGAGUCCUUUGCAAGUCUCCGACAUCUGCGACAUCUUAACCUUGGGUGGAAUUGCCAAAGGUGUGACCACGCUUCUGAUCCCUGCUUCCCAUGUCCAAACAACCAGUCUCUAGAGCUCCAUCAGGAUGCCUUUUUAGACCAGAAAGACUCUCUAGUGAGUCUGCAUCUGCAAGGCAACUCGCUUCGUACUCUUCCUCGACAUCUCUUCAUAAACCUACACAAGCUCCAAGAGCUAGAUCUCUCAAGCAACUUUCUAGCAUUCACCAUCCAAAAUGGCACCUUUUACGAAGAGCUCCAGAAUGUUGUGAUUCUCAAUCUUCUCUACAACUAUGAACCCCUAAAAACCUUUUCUGAAUUAAUUCUGUCUCCAUAUAUAGGGAAGAUGGUGGCUCUGAGAGAGUUGUACCUGAGUGGGUUUUUCUUCAAAGAGCUGUCAAACCGCAGCAUUGCACCUUUGGUCAAACUUCCAAGACUUGAAGUCUUAGAUUUACGCAUGAACUUCAUUUGCGACAUAAGCAUUGACGGUCUUAGCCAGCUGAAAACAAUUAGAAGAGUGGAUCUUUCCCAAAACAUGCUCGCCUUUAGUUUGUGCUUUUCAACAUGCACUUCUGAAGCGAAAUACCAAAUGCCUGAAAAACAUGACCAUGAACAAUCCAGCCUCCAAAUGCAAGAAGUCUCCAUCCUGAAGACAGAAACACAAGGCUCUAAACCGGACUACUGUUCUUUUUAUUUCUCCAUGUGGCAUUUCAAAAGACAAAUCUGCUCUAAAAACUUAUAUUUUGACCUGUCUCAGAACAACAUCCCGUGGCUGAAUGCGAGCACUUUUAGAGGCAUGGAAAAAGUGGCAUGCGUAGAUCUGUCCUACAACUACAUCAGUCAAACUUUAAACGGCCACCAAUUCUCACAUCUAAGCAAGCUAUCUUACCUUAAUAUGGCGUACAACCGUAUUGACCUGUAUUCCGACAAGGCCUUUCAGGAGGUCAGUGGCACCCUAAAGGCUCUUGACCUCAGCAACAAUGAGUUCCACUUUAUAAUGAAGGGAAUGGGGCAUCAGUUCACAUUCCUUACGCACAUGUCGUCUCUUAUGAUACUAAGUCUAGCAAACAAUCACAUUGGUCUCCGAAUCUCAAACAUCCUCAGCAGUGCUUCUCUGAAGUAUCUUAUUUUCUCUGGAAAUCGUUUGGACAUAAUGUGGGACUCUUGGCGUAAUCAAUACAUAAACUUCUUUCAGGGACUCACCAACCUUACGCACUUGGACAUCUCGGAAAAUCAGCUCAAAUCUCUCUCCCCAGAGGUAAUCGUAAACUUGCCUUUGAGUCUGCAAGUUUUCAGAGUCGACUUAAAUAUGUUGACUUAUUUCCCAUGGGCAAACAUCUCAGUUCUCCAGCAACUCUGCUACCUUAAUCUGAGUUCAAACAUGCUGUCGUACUUGCCUAAUAUUAACUUUGAUCUCCGUCUCACAGGAUUGGAUUUAAGUCACAACCGACUGGUUGCAAUCCCGAAGGUAUUCCUUAGUCAGGCAGUUAACCUUAAAAACCUCAAUCUCAACAACAACCAACUGAAAAUACUUGACGUUCAGGCUCUCCCAUUGCCAUUCCACAAGGGUUGUUCUUUCAUUCCUGGUGGGCAGCAUAAAAACAGGUCCUCCUGCAAGCUUGUCCUGCAUGCCAAUCCUUUUACCUGCAGUUGUGUUAUUUCUGGGUUUGCCAAAUUUCUUAGAGAAACCGAUUUGGAUGUGCCGCAUCUCACCACACAGGUUCACUGUGGUUUCCCGGAGUCAUUAGCUGGUGUGAAUGUCCUCUCGGUAGAUCUUCGCUCAUGCCAGGAGAUAUUCGGAGGAGUCGCUUUCCUCUGUACUUCACUACUGACACUAGCAGCAACUUGUAUUCCUCUCCUGAAGCAUCUCUACGGCUGGGACCUGUGGUAUUUAAUCCAGAUUCUGUGGACUGGACACCGGGGACACACUCCAGCUAAUGGUAACCCUGCGGACAUCCAGUAUGAUGCAUUUGUGGUCUUCGAUACCAGUAAUAAAGCAGUCAGGGAUUGGAUCUACAAGGAGAUGCUUGUGAGAUUGGAGAACCGGGGGAGAUGGCGCUUUCGACUUUGCUUAGAGGAACGUGACUGGAUUCCUGGAGUCUCGUGCAUUGAGAAUCUGCACAAGUCCGUUUACAGCAGCAGAAAAACUGUGUUUGUGUUGACCAGCCCUGGGGGUUAUUCUGACGCAAGUGGAAUAGUACGCCAAGCCUUCCUUUUAGUUCAGCAGAGACUUCUGGAUGAGAAGGUGGAUGUUGCUGUUCUGGUUUUGCUGGAUUUUCUCUUCCCCAAAUUCAAGUACCUUCAGAUGAGAAAGCGUCUCUGCAAGAAGUCUGUUCUGUCGUGGCCCAGAAACCCACGAGUGCAGCCACUUUUCUGGAAUGAUCUGCGCGUCGCUCUUGUUUCGGACAAUGUUAGAGCCUACAACAAGAACGUCACCGAGAGUUUUUUCUGAAAACAGGGCCAGGAGCAUAAUCUUAUUUUAAUUUAAAGCGACAAAAAUUGGAUCUGAGCCUAGAUGGGUCAGUUUCAAGCAGUUAUAAACAAUCUCUGUGUGGUAUUUUGAGCUGAAAGUUCACUAAAUCCUUAGAGACUUGUAAAAAGGGGCUUAAUUGGUCCCAUCAUUGGAAUAAUGUGUUAUAUAUAGUCAUAUUGGGUGCGUCUCAAUCAGUUCCCUUGUUCAGGAGUCAGUGCACUAAUCAGGGAGUCAACUAUUUUAAACAACAUAGGCUCACUCUGAAAACGUAGCCCAAUAUACAUUUCUGGAGAUUGCGAAUUAUGUAGCCAGAAGUACGUAUGGCUGCAUUUCAUCUUUAAAAUGAAGGCUAUGGGGCGGUAUGACACUGUUCCUUUUCACGCUACCAGUUGACCCAUGACCUCCGUAUGGACUGCUUUCCCGCUGUUACCAGUUUGUCCAGAUAGCUUGCCGUGUAUGUGACUUGAGAUGCAGAGAGGAGAUGGCCACGAUGACGGGGUUCGAGUUUGUCGAAGAACGGUUCCAGAAAGUGGGUAAGACAAAAACAGAAGCCAAAAAAUAAAAUAAGCAAGUAAAUAACAGGGUGAGAAUGUGGUAAAAUCUGAAAACGUGGUAAAAAACAAGCGAGGGCUUUUCUUUUUCUGGAUUGCCUUUGAAAACUGUAGGUUGGGUUAAGUGAAGGGGUUAGGCGCUGGUCAAUCACUGCUUUUGAAAACAGUAUUGGUUGGGUUUACGGAAGGAGCGUGGGUCAGUCGAUUAUUUAGUCAGUCAACAGCGGCCUCUGGUGGAUUUACGUAAGAACAGCAGGCGCAAAUGGCAUUCGUGAGAGAAAUUUGAGAUAUGGCAUACACAGCGGCCUCUGGUGGUUUUGUGAAAACUGCAAAAAACAUAGCUCCUGAGAUGUAUUUAGCGCUCUCCAGAAAUGCAUACAGGGGUACAUUUUCAGAAUGAGCCUGGGUUGAUUUUAAAGGGGACCAAAUAUGCUGCUUUUUACAACAUGUAAAAUAAUGUCCCUGGAGUGUGUGUGUGUGUGUGUGGACUUUCAGCUUAAAAUACCACACAUAUAAUUUCAUAUCAUUCUUAAAACGGACUCCUUUAUGCUUUGAUCCAAAUUGUGCCUUUUUGGUGACUGUUGCUUUAAAUUCAAAUGAGAUCUUUGCAAAUGACGGGUUGGACUUUGCCCCACAAGGACACAUACAAAGAGAUUUUGUCAAUUAAAGUGUUUUUCGGCUGUUUUUAUGAAGUGUGUUUAUAAAAAAAUUAAUAAAUGACUUUUUAAUGAAAAUACUCACACAUGGUCUCUAGUGUUUAAACCUCGUAUGAUAGUGAUUAUUGUAUAAUAGGUCCCUUUUAAGUGCUGUCUCAAUCGCAAAAUUCUUCAAGUGCAGUGAAACGUUCAAUCUCUGCAAGUCUCACAAUGAAUUAUUGAAAUUAGGGAGCAUUAUUAUACACGCUAUG